AUGGCCGAAAUGGCGCUCCGAUCCCCAGCCACACUCCUCCUCCUUUGUUCCCUACUCCUUUCCCUCGUAGCCUCCGGUCAGCGUGCGCCGUACAUUGUCCACAUGGACAGGUCCGCCGCGCCGCCGCAGCACGCCGGCGACUGCCACGCCUGGUACACCGCCAUCCUGGCGACCCUGGCGACCGCGUCGCCGCACGGCGCCGGUGGAUCCCCGAAGCACAUGUACACAUACACGGAGGCUCUGCACGGCUUCGCCGCCACGCUCUCCCGCCCAGAGCUCCGCGCGCUCCGCCGCACGCGGGGCUUCGUGUUGGCGCACCGAGACCGCCGCGCCGCCGUCGCCCACGACACCACGCGCUCCCAGGAGUUCAUCGGCCUCAGCCCUUCCAGCGGUCUGUGGCCGGCGGCGAAACUCGGAGAGGGCGUCAUCAUCGGCAUGAUAGAUACGGGCAUCUCGCCCGAGAGCAGGAGCUUCGACGACGCCGACAUGCCACCGGUGCCGUCCCGGUGGCGCGGGGCGUGCGAGCCGGGCGAAGCGUUCCCCGCCACGGCGUGCAACCGGAAGCUGAUCGGCGCGCGCUUCUUCAACAUGGGUUUCAUGGCGAGCAACCCCGGCGUCGCCAUCUCCAUGAACUCCACGCGCGACACAGAAGGCCACGGCACGCACACGGCGUCCACCGCCGCGGGCAGCCCUGUGAAGUGCGCGUCCUACUUCGGCUACGGGCGCGGCACGGCGCGUGGGGCUGCUCCCCGCGCCCACAUCUCUGCUUACAAGGUCGACAGCUGGGGCGGCGACACGGUGAUGUCAGACGUCCUCGCCGGCCUGGACGCGGCGAUCGCGGACGGCGUCGACGUGAUCUCCAUCUCUAUGGGUUUCGACGACCUGCCGUUGUACCAGGAUCCAGUGGCCGUCGCCUCGUUUUCCGCUAUGGAGCGCGUCGCAGCCGGCACGGUGGACCGGCAAAUUUUUGCUGGGACCGUGCGAUACGGCGGAGGCAACACGACGAUCGCCGGAAUCACAGCUUACCCGGCAAAUGCUUGGGUUACUUCAACGAAGCUGGUGUACGACGAAGCCGUGUCCGCGUGCAACUCGUCGAGUCUGAUUCGUACUCUGCUCCGGACAAGAAGAAGAUCAAUCCUUGUCUGCCGUGACGCUGGGAUCUCCAUCGCAGCGCAAAUGAACGCCCUCGUCGAGGCUGGGCUCGCCGCUGCGGUCCUCGUCACGAGCCAGGACGCCGAGUUCCUGGAGUACCCGCUGCCGGCGAUCCUGAUCAGCCCGAAGGAUGCCCCGGCGCUGCUCAACUACAUCGCCACCAGCUCGAACCCGACGGCUACCAUGACAUUCCAGAAGACGUUCCACAGGGUACGGCCGGCACCGGUGGUCGCGGCGUACUCCGGUCGAGGGCCAUCGCGGAGCUACGCCGGCGUGCUCAAGCCGGAUAUAAUGGCGCCGGGAGACAGCAUCCUGGCGUCGGGGGUACCUGCCUCCCCAACGGCGCGCAUCGGCCAAACUCUUGUGGCCAGCGACUUCUUGGUCGAUUCCGGGACGUCCAUGGCGUGCCCGCACGCGAGCGGCGUGGCGGCAUUGCUGCGGGCGGCGCACCCGGAUUGGAGCCCCGCCAUGAUCAAGUCCGCCAUGAUGACCACGGCGAGCAGGGUCGACAACAGGCUCGCGCCGAUCACCGAUGGCAACGGCAACGGCAUCGCGAGCCCGCUCGCUAUGGGCUCGGGCCAUAUCAACCCCAACUCCGCUAUGGAUCCCGGCCUUGUGUUCGACGCCGGUCCCGCGGACUUCGUCGCUCUCCUCUGCGCCGCCAAGUACACGGAGGCCCAGAUCGCCGCGAUCACGAGCAACGUCGCCGUGUCUGUGACGCCGUGGACGAUGGAGUUCGGCGGCGCGGGGCACAAGGGCAUGUUCGAGGUUGAGAUCAAGCUGAACGCGCCCACCGGCGGCGAGCCGGCCUUCGGUGCUCUCGUUUGGGCUGACGACAGCGGCAGGUACAGGGUCACGACCCCGUUCGUGGUGCUCUGA